GGUUGCUACCAGAUAUUUCUAAGACCAUGUUGUGGAAGUAGUGCGGUGCGGCGACGUCGAGGGAGAAACCAGAGAUGGAUGCUCCGACAGAGACGCCGUAUGAGCCUGAGGAAGAUGUGGAUGUGGCCGGGUGGCAGUGGACGGAAACUGACAAGAACGGCAUUCACAAAUACGACCACCUCAUCGUGGGACUGUACCUGUUUGUCAUCGGUAUCAUCGGUACCAUUGAAAACGGCGUCACUCUGGCAACAUUCACGAAGUUCCGCCCCCUGAGGUCACCGACCACCAUGCUACUCGUACAUCUGGCCAUAGCAGAUUUGGGCAUCUGUAUUUUCGGCUACCCGUUUUCCGGGGCCUCCAGUCUGAGGUCCCACUGGCUGUUUGGGGGUGUCGGCUGCCAGUGGUACGGCUUCAAUGGCAUGUUCUUCGGCAUGGCUAAUAUCGGACUGCUGACAUGUGUGGCCGUGGACCGGUACCUGGUCAUCUGCCGACAAGACCUUGUCGACAAAGUAAACUACAACACCUACGGAGUGAUGGCGGCCAUGGGCUGGCUGUUUGCGGCCUUCUGGGCAGCGCUGCCGCUGGUCGGCUGGGCAGAGUACGCCCUGGAGCCUUCAGGGACGGCAUGCACUAUCAACUUUCGGAAGAACGACAGCUUAUACAUCUCUUACGUCAGCAGCUGCUUCGUCCUGGGAUUUCUCCUCCCUCUCGCCGUUAUGGCGUUCUGCUACUGGCAGGCCAGCUGCUUUGUCAGCAAGGUGCUGAAGGGAGACAUUGCAGGAGAUCUGACCUUUCCAGUCGCCAUGAAUGUUGACUGGGAGUAUCAGAACCAUUUCUCAAAGAUGUGCCUGGCCAUGGUGGCAGCGUUUGUGGUGGCCUGGACACCCUACUCCGUGUUGUUCCUCUUCGCCGCCCUGGGAAACCCUGACGACAUCCCCGCCUGGCUCACCCUGCUGCCUCCGCUCAUCGCCAAGUCCUCGGCCCUGUACAACCCCAUCAUCUACAUCAUCGCUAACCGGCGGUUCCGAAGUGCCAUCUGCUCCAUGAUGAAGGGUCAGAAUCCUGGCAUUGAAGAUGACGAGGAACAUGCUGACGAUCAUAGGAUACACCCGAGUGAAGACAAUGGGGUUAUUUCCAUGGUAACCCUGAACUUGCAUCACUGA